UCAUUGAACGUUUUCCCUCGUCGAUCUCGAGAUUCUCGGCUGCCUUUUAUGGCAUCAUCGACAAUGACGUAGCUGCCUCGGGCUGCCUUAAAUACUCUGUUCUGUUUCUGUCUCUGCUUCUGUUCCUCUGUUCAUCUCAAUAUUCUUCAUCUGAGGAUACACACCACUACUUCUACUACUACCCACCAUGUCUCCUAACGCAAGCAAAGUCUUCUACAAAGGCUCCGAAGACGACUUCCUCGUCAUCCUCUCCUCCCUCGACGCCUACUCCCUCUUCAGAAAAGACCCCUCUACAACCCCUCUGGUCGACGUCGUCGACUCCUUCAAGGUCUUUGUCACCCACCGCGGCGGGUCGCAGGGCAUCCUCGACCAGGCGUCCAAGGCUGCGCUUGAGAACGAGUUUGGAACGGAUAAUGUCGACGAGGCGAUUAAACAGAUCUUGAUCAAGGGUGAUCCGCAGGAGGGGAAGGGAUAUAAUUCAAAGGGAUUUGAUUCGAAGAAUGAUUCGAAUGGGCCGGCUUAUACCGGCCAUUGAUUGAUCUGCAUAGUUUAUAUCAAUAUAUUAUUACUUUGCUCAAUACUGAACUACUGUCGAACUACUGUUCA